GAAGGUUUUCCAAAAUAUAUAGUAGCAUUUUAUAGUGUUUAGUGGUGAAUUGCCUCAGGAAUUUGUGACAUUUUUAAGUAAAUCAAAAUGUCUCACAAGAUGUAUUAUUCGGAUAAAUACUACGAUGAUAAAUAUGAAUAUAGACAUGUAGUACUACCAAAAGAAAUGGUUAAAUCAGUUCCAACUACUCAUCUUCUCUCCGAACAGGAAUGGAGAGCUAUGGGUGUUCAACAAAGUCAAGGUUGGGUUCAUUACAUGAUUCAUAAACCAGAACCGCAUAUUUUACUCUUUAAAAGAAAAAUAACAUCUCCACCACCAGAGAAUUAAUUAUAUUGACUCCACUGUAACAAUUUGUAAAUACUGUUUCAGAUCAUUGUUAAUAUUCAUGAAACAAUUCAACUACAAAACAAACUCUCAUUAAUUGCUAAAAUCAAUAUUAAUAUGAUGGUCAAAUUCACAUAUAUUCAUAUUUAAAAAUUUACUGCUUUUAAAAAAAAAAAAUAAUUUUGAUCUUUCUAAAUUCUUUAUGGUAAUAAUAAUAAUAAUAAUAAUAAUAAUAAUAAUAAUAAUAAUAAUAAUAAUAUUAAUAAUAAUAUGAUUCAUUAUCUUAAUGUUUCUCUUUAAUAUAACAUUCCAAAAACAACAGAAGUGUUCUGUACAUAUGUCUAUAGAAUCCUUUAGUUCUUAAUAACAGUUUAAAUAGUACUUAUAUUUUGGAUUUAUCAUAAUACUUUAUGGUAUUUUAAUACAACUACAAAAAAAACAUGUGAGUAUUUUGAUUUUUUCUGAAAAUCAUAGCUCUAAGGUAGAAUCAAUUAUUCUACCAUAAAAUUGAGAAUAAAGAAAAUUAUCAUAUUUUUGUAAUUGAAGUGCCUUGCAUAGAUGUGCUAAUUAAUGAAGUACUUUAGUAUUAUAUACUUAGGAUAAUCAUUUCUUAUGUUUAACAAGAAUAAUAUAAAAAAAAGUUUUAAGUUUUUAAAUUCAUUAAUUACAUAAAUAUUAAUUUGAAAUUUGAA